CUUCGAUCUCAAACAUGGAGAUGAAGUUUCAUGGUGUAGUUCUGCUACUCCUACUUUUCUUGACUCAUGAAUUGAUGGUACAGAUUGAGGCAAGAAAUUGCUUUUCAAAAAGCAGACAUUAUCAUGGGAGAUGCUUUUUCAAAGGCCAAAUGAGCAACUGCAGAUUACUUUGCAGGCAGGAAAGGUUCACUGCCGGCAAAUGCAUCCGUGGAACUUGCUUUUGUUCGAGGAGAUGUGGCAGCUCCCGUCCAUCACAUCCUCCGCCGUCUGGGGGCGGAGAGGGCGGAGAAGGUGGAGAGGGCGGCGAGGGUGGAGGUGGUGGUGGAGAGGGUGGUGGUGGAGGAGGAGAUGAUGGUGGCGGCGAGGGAGGAGACAUUUUAUACCCCAAGAAUUAAGACAAAACACAUUGUUAUGCA